CUGGUCCGAACGCUCCAGAAAUAUCCGAAAUGUCUUACCGGAGAGAACCAACUCAAUGGCGUCUUCACCAGCAACGACGCUCAGUAGGGUUUAUCUCCAAUCCAACGAGUAAUAGCCAAGCGACGUUGUCUUGAUGUCUCUUGCCCACUUUUUCCUCUCAGCCCUCAGAUCCCCAAUUUCGGAUUACCCAUAGCUUCGCUUUCGCUGCCGUCACGCCGACGCAGUCCACCUUGCUGCUUGGAGCCUUGGACAACGCUGUCGCGCCGGAUUUUUUAGGACAACCGAUGACCGCCGACUCCAAUCCCUGCCGCCGUCGCUAAUCGCUGGUGCUGUUAGGCUUCUGGGUGUUUUGGUUUUUUGCUUUGUGGCCUUCUGCAAGGAAUUUAGUCAGGCUUUGGGAUAUCAUCAAUGCCAAGACAUUCAUCGGACCGGUCAGCUUCUCCAGUGAGGGGACGAGAGUCUCCACACAAAAGGAGUCAAUCUCGGAAAGAAAGAUCUCCCGGCCGACGCAGAAGCUCCCAGAGAUCAAAAUCGCCUGCUAAAAAUAGUUCUUCUCACCGGACAAGGUCACCAGACCGAGAGAAACGGUCCAGCCGUGCUAGGUCUCCUAGGCAUGCUGAGUCAAAUUCUCCACUGCCACGCUCUCCUUCCCCGCGCACUAAACGAUUGAAACGAGCCCAGGCUGAGCGAGAAGUUGAGAAAGUAACUGAGAAGGAAUAUGAGAAGAAUGGUAGUAAGGACAGAGAACGGGCUAGGCACAGGGAAAAGAGUUCAGAAAGAGAAGUUCCUAGGGAGAAAGCUGAGAGGAGGUCAGAGAAGGACAAUGCUAGUGGGGAAUUUUCCAGAUCAAGGCGUGAGCGAGAGCGGUCUGUUUCUCCAACAAUUCAUCAUCAUCGGGGCAGACACAGUUCGCACUCACCUCCUAGAGAUGCAAAGAAUGGGUAUGAUGAGGGUACGAACUCAAGAGGAGCCAAACAACAGCGGGAUGAUGACUCAAUAGCAAAGAUGAAUGCUGCAGAGGAGGCCAUAGAAGAAAAACAAAAGCAAAAACCUUCUUUUGAGCUGUCUGGAAAGCUUGCCUCAGAAACCAAUCGUGUUAGAGGUAUCACCUUGUUGUUCACUGAACCUCCUGAAGCUCGAAAACCAGAUAUAAGAUGGCGACUCUAUGUUUUUAAGGCUGGUGAAGUUCUCAAUGAGCCCCUUUACAUACAUCGCCAGAGCUGUUAUCUUUUUGGGAGAGAGAGAAGGGUGGCAGAUGUUCCCACAGACCACCCUUCCUGCAGCAAGCAACAUGCUGUUGUUCAGUUCCGGCAAAUUGAAAAAGAGCAACCUGAUGGCAUGUUAUCAAAACAAGUCCGGCCUUACUUGAUGGAUCUGGGAAGUACAAAUGGAACUUUCAUUAAUGAUAGUCGCAUUGAACCUCAGCGCUACUAUGAACUAUUUGAAAAGGACACUAUUAAAUUUGGUAACAGUAGGUAUGCCAUGAGUAAAGAUAUAUUCUUUGAUUGCUGUGAUCUGUUAUACUAUUCAUUCCAUUAUCCCUGCUUUGGCAUGUAAACUUUGUCGAUCCUGUGCUGACAUAUUUCAGUUUUGUUUUUCUCUCCUUGAUUGGAAAUUUUAACUGCAAUUGUGGUAUACAUCAUGACAAGUAAAUAAGGUUUUUCUUUCUUUUCCUGGGGAAGAGAGGAAUUGCUGGUCUUGAGGGGAGGAUAGCUUUCAUGAAGUUGGAAAUGAAAAUACAAAAUACUGUGGACAUGCCCUCUGGCUUCCUUUUCUAUCACAUUGGAAGGUUGGCGGACUAGUCUGAGGAUAGAAAAUGAGCAAUGGUUGAAGUUAUGGCAUACCUUAUCUUGUUUGUCUGUUUUUGCCUUUCUAUGGACAAACUCAAUUCAUGUAGAUAAUUGCAUGUAUCAGCUAUAAAAUAUGCUCAUAGUUGUCAAGAAUAUGCAACAUUCUUGCUAUUGUACUCAUAGCCAUAUUAGGGAGAGAUCUAACAACCUCUUCAGGGUUUUUAAACUAUCUUUCUCCUUGGUAUAUACAGACAAUUGCCUAGCACAUGAACGAAAAUAGAGAUUUAUUACAGAAGAUUCUCUUGGCUGCUUGGCAUAUGUUUUACCCAAAAACAAAAGCAUGAAAACAACCGGUCAAUAAAAAUUUGUUUCCAUAGGCAAACUGGGUGACUUCCUAUGCUUUUUUCUCAGCUAUGUUAGUUUGCAAAUGCAGAUUCUUUGUAAUAUAAAAGGGUGAAUCUCAUUUUCAUCCUAGGAGAGAAUGCAUGCUCUCCAUUUUGCAUCAAUUUUGUCUUUACCACUUUGUAAUCUUGCCAAAAUGAUUAUUUUUCUCAAAGCUGUCCUUUACCUUGACCAUACCUCUCUAAUGCACAUAAUUACUAAAUAUUAGCAAAUGAACUUUCACUCCUCCAGAGUGUGAAGCUGUAGGAAGGGUUAAUGAGCAAAUUGCCCUUAGCCGGAAGCAUGAUGCUCAAAAGAACUCCCUGUUGGGCAAAUGGGUUGAUUUGUUGAUAUUUGUUGGCCAUAAAUGUAGUUUCUAUGGAUUUGUUUCUUUGUGGCAACUGUGGUGAUAAUCUGUUAUCAUGUGCAUUCUUAUGAUACCAUUUGAAAACCUGAUGCACUCAACUUAGCCUUUCCACUUGUUGUAGUUGCCAUUGCAUGCUUUAUAACUUUUCCCAUCUUCAGAUUAUAGUUCUGACCUUCAUACCCCAUUUCUUUUGAUGAAUUGGCAGCCGUGAGUAUGUAAUCCUACAUGAGAACUCAACGGAUUGAGGGUAAUGCUAUGGCGUGUGCUAGAUGGUAAGGUGGUGUGCUUGCAGAAGAAUUCAAGACUAUGGUUGUGGCCAGACAAUUUCCCUGGUGAAUAUCGUGCCCAUCUUUCACCUGGUUGCUAAUGAUAUAUUUCUUGUAUUUGAUGUGAGUGAAGCUGAGAGGGUUUUCCAUAAUGCUGCAUGUUUUAGGAAGGUGAAAACCAUUUUUGUCAAUUAUUUUGGUUUCCUAGUUUCUCAACUUUGGCACCAGGGAGUCUGGUGGAUGGAUUAUAUCAUGCUGACUAAUGAAUCACCUAAAAUCUAAAAGAAAAAUCAUUAGUGGGAUGCUGAUUUCUCAUCCCCUUUCAUUUUCUUCA